ACUUAUUAUAUAUAUAUAAUUAAAGGGAUACAUAUUUUUUUAUAUUUGACAAUUAACGUUUCAUCUUAUUUCAAGAUUCAAGAUCGAAAAUUGCUCUUGUGAUUUCAUUCUUUCUCACCUAAAAAAACAAUCCUUAGAUUCUACAGGACAUUUAUCAAAAGUUUUUCUACAGUCUACAUUACUUGUAACAUCAUACCAAAUUGUUGAAGUUUAUAAAGAAUACAAUUUUUAUUGAAGUGUAAGGUUAAAAAAAAGAUUGAAAAUGGCGUCUGCACAACCUGAUUCGCCAGAGACUUUCAACAGAAAAAUGCUUGCAGCUGCUAUCGGUAGCAUUUGUAUUGGUGAAGGCUUCGAUACUAUUGAAAAAGAUGCUCUAGGAACACUUGUAGAAAUGUUGCAAUGCUAUCUAAGUCAAAUAGGAUUGUCAAGUAAAAAUUAUUGUGAAUUGGCUGGAAGAACAGAACCUGUUGUAGCUGACAUAAUCUUAGCAUUUGUUGAACUGGGAAUUACGGUUCCAACAUUGGAAGAUUACAUGAAAACUUCUAAAUAUCCUUCAUUGCCACCUAUAGUUCCUCAGCAACCUCCAAAGCAACCAAAUAUGCUCACUGCAGGUGUUAGACAAUCUUUACCACCACAUAUUCCUUCCCAUCUUCCUGAGUUUCCUGUACCGCACGCAUAUAUUAGGACCCCUACCCAUCGACAGCCAACAAUCGAUUAUGAAUCUGUAAGAGAAAAGGCUGCAAUUCAAAAAAAAGAUGUAGAGAGAGCGUUGACCAAAUUUCUUGCUAAAACAGCACCAUCCACUCAUAACUUGUUCGAUACAGAUGAUACAAAUGCAUUUCCUUUAAUUGCCAGUCAACCAACCAGCACACCAUAUCUGAGCGCCUUGUUGCCGCAGGAUCAAAUAUUUGAUCAAGAAGACCUUGAAUAUGAUUCUAAAGAAGUUGUUGGACAGAAAAAAGAACAUGUAAGAAAAGAAGAUGUGAAGAUGGAGAAAAUAGAAGAAGAGGUCAGUGAAAGUUCAAGAAGCGAAGAUCCAAAUUCUUCAAAUAACUUCAUUGACAAUCCUUAUCUUGCCGCAACUAAAUUGCCCAGUGAUGAAGAUAUGGAUAUGUCGUAAUUGAAGUUUUUUGAAAAAUAAAAAUACUUACUCUGAAGGCUAGUGAGCUAAUGAAAAAAACCUUGAACAAUCUUUACGUCUAUUUGUUCGCUACUUCUCAUUUAUCGCUACUACUUAUUUACUUACAUGAACCUUUUUUAAUGGAUACUUAUGUUUGGAAAUUUGGUGGUAUUGAUUUUUUCACUUUUGAAUUUUUGUUAUGAUUAAGAUUUUCAUGGUACUUCAAAUUUCAAAAAACCGCUUGUCAAAGCAUCCCCAAAAAAUUCAAGGCAAAAGAAAAAUGUAUUUUAUUGAGAGCUGAUUUUGUUUAGGAUGUUGAUGUUGAAUAUUUGUAAAAUUUGUGUUUUGAAUGAUUUUCUAGUUUUAUCAGGAAUUAUGUUUAUAUUCCAUUUAUGUUGAUAUAUUCAAAUUGUGGUUGUUGCAAUUAGUUUUUAUGUAGUAAAUUAAGUGAGAAGUCUAAUAUUAUAGUGAUGAGAUUAUAUAGGAUCCAAUUUCAUAUUUUAUUUAAAGUCUGUUCUAUACAAAAAAUAUCAUUUUAAUAUCAAAAUUGGUAACAAUGUAAUAAUAACUGAUCUUAUGAUACUACUAGAGUGCUUCAAAUUAUUUUCUGCUGAAACCAAGUGCUGAAAUAAAGCAGCAUCUUCUUGGUUGGUCAUCCAUCCUACAAUAUUCUCGUUCUUAUUUUGCACUUUCAGCCAAUUGAAAAGAGGUUGGAAAUAUUUUAUCAUAGAGUCAGCAGAUAUCCUGUCUGAUUUUCCUUUAGUUAAUAACUUAACCACAUCCUUCCAAUGUUUUGAUUUCCCAAUAUUCAUGAUAUCUCUGAAAUGAAAUCUUUUUAAAUUCAAUUUUAAAUAUAUUUUUGCUAUGAAAAUGUCUAA